CGUGUGGGGUAAUAGCCUGUUCAGGGGGGAACUAACAUGUUGUGCCCACCGUUGUAACAUCUAAAGCUGCCCCCCGAUGAGGCGGUGGUGUCUCUGGCGGACCUCUGACAGACUGAAUGACUACACUGACUGCUGGAAUAAAUGGCGACUAACCUGCUGUAUAAACGCCAAAGACUCUGAAUACCAACACGAGUUUGCAUUAACCGGAGCGAUUUGCUGCCAGUAGCACCAAAGACUCCGCUAGCACCUCGUGAAGUUAGCCAGUAGGUUAAGAUUAGCCGGGUAGCUAAUGUUAGCUGGCAGGUUUAUUUUUAGCGGACGUCGGUAGGAAAGCCGCCUGGCUAUUAUUAUUGACAGCCUAAUCCGAGAGGCUUUUUUACAUCCUAUGAUCUCGCAGCGCUAGUUGUCUGCACCAAAAUGUCCACCACUUCGUUGGAUAAAGAAUUACAGGAGCGACUGAGAGAGGCGUCUGCUAUCGGAGACAUUGAUGAAGUGCGGACAUUGGUGGAGAGCGGAGUAAAUGUCAAUUCACAAAACGAAAUAAACGGAUGGACAUGCCUGCACUGGGCGUGCAAGAGGAACCAUAAGCACAUAGUGUCCUACUUACUUAGUUGUGGAGCGGACAAAGAAAUCCUGACGGCUAAGGAUGAGAUGGCCUCACAACUCACAUCCAAACCAGAGAUCAAACGACUGUUGGGAGUCGAAGUGGAGGAAGUGCCUGAAGUCAAGGAGCCUGAGUUGCCAAUUAUCCCUAACUACUUGUCUAACCCGCCCUUCAUGUACUCCAAGUUGGAUAACAAGUCAGAGCUCAUCCUGGCCCAGCACCUUACACAGAACGGUUCUGGAGAGCAUGCAGAGGACUCAAGCAGCGACCCAGCCUCCCUUUCUCCAACCCAUGAGCCUCAGACGUCACAGAACCUGGUCUCUGAUAGCCCCACUCCUACCCCAAACCCCAUCACUCACAGCCAAACCCAGGCUGGGGAGUUCAUUCCUGUGACUGAACAAAAUGGUGUGUCACCUAGCCCGGCUUCAUCCCACAAUCACACUGUUGUUAACUGCACAGUGCCCAUGGACCUGUCAGUUGAGCCUCACCUCGUCAACCAUGCAGACUACCCACACACAGUGGCACACAAUGGUACCAUGUGCUCGCCUCCAUUAGCCUCACCCAGCCCGAGUUUAGCCAGCUGCGGUGGGAGUCAGGUCCAGGCCCCCGUCACCAGCGGUAACCCAACUAUGAGCAGACAGCAGUCUAUCCCACAGCAGCUGGGCUACGGACAGACUGGCGGGCCUUUACCAGCUUUCCAGCCUUUCUUUUUCACCAGCACCUUCCCUGUCAAUGUACAAGAGCUGGUAUUGAAGGUGCGUAUCCAGAACCCCAACGCUCGGGAGAAUGACUUCAUUGAGGUGGAGCUGGACCGUCAGGAGCUCACCUAUCGUUCCCUUCUGAGGGUGUGUUGCCGUGAGUUAGACAUCAGCGUUGAGCAUGUGGAGAAGAUCCGUAAACUGCCAAACACCAUGUUGAGAAAGGACAAGGACGUGGCUCGGCUGCAGGACUUUCAGGAGCUGGAGGUCGUGUUAGAGAAAGCAGAGGGCCUGUCUCUUUUCUCUGGGACGGGAGGCCUAACAGACAGACCCUGCUACAACAUGAAGGCCUCCCGCCUCACCUACUAGAGCUGCUGCAGAGUCUGAGGUUUCCCUGCUUAUGAUGGGCUUCUGUAGCUACCCUCAAGCAACCAUAAAUAGUUGCCCGCCCAGAUCCCUUGUUACAGCUUUGUUCGGCUUUGGUGUUUGGCCAAUUUCCUAACCGGGAUUUGUUUUUUCAAGUUCUGUAGCUAUUGUCCUCCUCCUGUCCUCCUCUGAGCCCUCCUGCCGCUUUAGUGUACCCGAGCAGUUCUAAGCGAUUACUGAUGCAUGGUGUCCUCGAUUAUGUGAGAACGUAUUUGGGCCCCUCUCUCCUCUCUCUUCACUCUUGUUCAUUCUCUCCUCCCACCGCACUUUGUGCCAAGGCUCCAGUGGGACAACAGAGGGGGGCAUUGGCCUGUCUUCCUUUAUGGACUGGACAUGAAUGGGUUUCUGCAAUAGCCUUAUAUGGACACAUCCCUAUACUAGCUGUGGACUCUGAUCUCUGACAGAAAUGGUCUGAUACGACUGAGAGCAGAGGACAACAGGAAGGAUUUACAUAACUCUUACUGAUAAAUUCAUCGUUAGUCCA